UACAUAAAAGUUUCCUUAAACCCCUGGACAUCACUGGGCUGAGUCCCAAUUCUAGGGGCAUCUCCCUGUGAGUUGGGCUGAGAAAGACAAAGCCUCCUCCUGUGCCUCGAUGUCUCUCUGCUGCUGCACUGUCACCUCUGAGGGUGAUGUCUCCACCGACCGUGUCCUACUGGCACUGCUGCCCAAAAAGCUCUGCAUCUCAACCAGUGCCACACAUUCUCCCUGGUGUCUGCACCUAACUGCCGCCAGGAAGUGAAAGCAUGGAAAUUAAAAAGCAAAUUACAGGAAUGAGAAGAUUACUGAAUGACAGCACUGGGAGGAUCUAUCAGCGUGUUGGCAAGGAAGGAGAGAAGUUAAAAGAAGAACCCCAGGAUUUGGACUCCGUCUGGCCUCAGCCUUUGAACUCCUCUGCUGAGGCCCCACAGAGCCUCCCCCCUUCUUCUCGGGGUGCUUGGAGUGAGUUCCCCGCCCAGAGCCAGUUCUCAGGGCAGCCUGGCCCUCGCUCGAGAACCCUCCAGAGUCAGCCCCACACUGCGGGGAGUUCCAAUGGAGAACUUCCAGUGGUAAAUUCAUCAUUUGGAUCAAACUGCUGCACUUGUAACUGCCAGUCAACAUUGCAGGCCAUUCUCCAAGAACUCAAGACCAUGCGGAAAUUAAUGCAAGUUCAAGCAGUUGGAACCCCAAACAGACAACAACCCCCAAUUUCCCUUAUAUGCUCCCAGCGAACUGCUGUCUCACGCAAGAGAAAUAAAAAGAAAAAAGUGCCCCCAAAGACUGUUGAACCUCUUACUGUGAAGCAGAAGCCCAGUGCGUUAGAGACCGAGAAGAAGACAGGUGUGGCCUCAGAGCAGUCGGCCCUCCAGGCAGCUGAGCGCACUUCCUUGGGGGAGAACCACGUCCUAGGAUUUGGCAUUGUUCUGGAAUCACCUUCCUCCGAUCCAGAAGUGCAACUUGCUGAAGGCUUUGAUGUGUUUAUGCCUAAAUCUCAGCUGGACUCUAUAUUGUCAAACUACACUCGCUCAGGAAGCCUUCUGUUUAGAAAACUGGUGUGUGCGUUUUUUGAUGACAAGACUUUGGCUAACUCCUUACCCAAUGGGAAGAGGAAAAGAGGACUCAAUGACAACCGGAAAGGACUAGACCAAAAUAUUGUGGGUGCAAUAAAAGUCUUCACAGAAAAGUACUGUACUGCUAAUCAUGUGGAUAAGCUGCCUGGCCCGAGAGACUGGGUGCAGAUUCUACAGGAUCAGAUUAAACUGGCCAGAAGAAGGUUAAAAAGAGGCUCAGCAGAGGUAGCUGACGGUGAUGAAAGACUGGACAGCAUCUCUCUACCACCAACAGGUAAUAUAUUUGACACCAGGAGAGAAAACAAGGAAGACUCAGAGCCAGAUUUCACCUAGACUUUCAUUUAGUGACAGUGCUCAUUAGCAUAUGCACCUCUUCCCUUUGAAUUUCCUCAAAGAUCCACAUUAGCAUUUCAGUGUACUGCAGAGUGUGCGUGUUCUGUGAAGUUUACCUGUCCUGUUUGAAUAGUUUUGAUGUACUAUCUUUGUCAACUGUGAUAAGCAAGCCUCCAAUUUGGUAUAAGAUUUUUAAAAAUCAUUCCUAGAGUUGAUUUAUCACCCUUGAAGUCCAAGAUCUGAUCCAGUUAGUUCAUUGUCCAUUAAAAAUAAGCAGCUUUCUCGUCCCUGUUUUUGUCCAUAACCUCAAUGUGAAUGUUUGGAGUUUUGAAGCAUAGUUAUUUUAACACAAAUUGCUUAGAUGCUAUAUAAAGGAGAAUGGCACUUUCUAGUACUGAAAAGAGAGCAAUUGUUAAAAUUAGUUAGACCUUCAUCAGCUUAAAAGAUGAAAAAGAUGUUUUGGGAGACAGGAUAGCCCUUCUGUUAGAUGAAAUCAUUUGUGACAUCAGUUCCCCCAAAAUAACCAUUUGUGCAAGGGGCUUGGCCCUCGCAGCCCCGGCUGCCUCAGCCCUCACAGUCCGGCUUCAUCCGGAAGGUCAUCCAGAUGGUUGUUCUGCUGUUGGGUCUAAUUAGCAUAUUAGCUCUUUAUUAUAUAGGAUAAGGGUAAGUGAUAUAUGAAUUUCUUUGAAAGAAAAACCUUUUAGGAGGUGGUAUUGACACAGUGACAAAGUAACUCAUUGAAAGGUGAGAAACUCAGUAAGCAGUUACCUACUUGAUACCUGCCAGCUGUUUUGACAGAUGGUUUUAGCCGAGUGAGUGGGUCAGUGUUUUGGCAACCCGCCACACACAUAUUCCAUUAAUGUUACGUAUUUUAUUUGGUUCCUAGUACACUUACACUCCACUUUAUAUAAAGCCAACAAAUGAAAUCUGGAUUCAUUUUAGAGAUAUCAUGCCACGUGCAUAUUUGUUUUACAGAAAUAUUUUCAUCUGGAUUCCUUUCAUAAGAUGGUGAAUUUAAAAUACCAUUUUAUUUAGAAACACUGCAUUUACACCUCAUUUAUUUUAUAAAGCAAAUUACCUUGAAACUUUGACACUUGACCCAAAGGCCAAAACUUGGCUUGAAAGAAAUGUGGACUAGAAACACCAAACCCCAGGAUGGGGGCGAGGGGGAAUUACUGUGCUACUGUUUAAUGCAUUUCCCUAGCACUUAUUUUAUUGAGUCAGAGAGUGUUAAAGCUCAGAGUUAUUGUAGAUGUCCUUAUUAGUAGGACUAAGGGAGGCAGCUGGGGAGUGAGAGUCAUGGUUGCCCAGGGCCAGGUAACCCAUCAGUGGCAUGGCCAGGACUGGCAUCUAACUGCCUUACUCCCCUGUCCAAGGUACUUGUGCCGCAUCACACUGAACAGCUAAGCCUGAGUGAGGAGGGAGCUCUGGGAUGAAUUUUUGUUUUCCACUGAAGACCAGCUCUUAACCAACAGUGGCAGGAAGCUGGUGUUAGGUGUGGCUUGUGGCAUCCAUCCAACUGCUAGACAGCUCAUCUCAUACAUGUGUGUCUUUUGUUCAUUGUCUUUUUGGAGGUUCAGAGUGGUUGUUUCCAUCACACCCUUAGUUAGCCUUUUACAUGCGAGGCGAGCUGGUAAUCACUCCCCUGAAACCAGCCUCUCUGAUCACCACGUCUGGUGAGAUACUGUGAACAGGGCUUUUGUUUUUCUGCAACAUAUGUUUUCAAACUGGUCUGCUGCCUCUCAGAAGAAAGUAUUUCUCAAGGGAAUUGAAAAGAUUAAUUAGUGCCCUUUCAGCUCUAUUACAACAUGAUGACUGUGUUGCUAACAGAGGUAGAAACGUUCACCUUCCCACUGUGGCAUCUGUUAAGUAUACACCACGCGCGUUCUGAGCACGUCCUUCCAAGACCGGGCGACAGCAUGGAGUGUUCACCCCUGGAGGAGGGUGGGGACUGUUCAACUCACGAGUAUGUGCAAUGGAUCCCCAAAUUGGAAAUACAUAUCAUAUAACUGCAAGAGUGAAAUCAUAUUUUGUAAAUUAAAAUUGUAUUUGUGUUUACUUACUGUGACUACUGUUCAGACUUUAUUCAGAAAUCCUUUCUAUAGGCUUUCUUAGCAAAAGAAAAUUAUUCCAUAUCUAUGAAUAAUGUCUCAAUCUUCUGUAUAUAUGUUUUAUUAAUAUGUAAAUAUUUAGAUUUUUUUAAAUUACUAUGUUCUUUAAAAAAGUUCAACACAAGGCUAGUGGUGAGAAUGGUGUAUGACACUGUGUUGUGAUAUCAAUCCCCAAGACGCUCUUUAUGCCCAUUCUGGAAGAAUACAAUAAAUUACUUUAAUUGAAAGUG